CGUUGCAGAUGAGAAGUGCACGCGCGUGUAUCACCCGAAAGGGUGAUGAAUGCGUGCUUACUACCGGGCUCUCUUACGUAUAGUACUCCUCAGACACACGUUGUUUGACAACGAUCUGACGGAGACGGCGCACGGGACUCCAGUAAUCGAGAGAAGGACCGAGCAAUUCGGCGGUCGCAGAGACACUCUCACAUCCAUGUUAUAUUCUAUCAGUUUCUCAGUAAGUGUUGCCGCACACCGCCAUAUUGAAUUACUCGAUACUCGAGGCUCGAGUUGUUUCUAGUGCCAAUGGAAUACAAGGUGGCGCGUGUUUUUUUUCUCAACAGUUUUGUUAAAAUGAUACAAUAAAAUAAAAAUAGUAAUCCCGCAUACUUAAUUAAUUAUUAUUUCGGUUUCACUUAUCAUCUUCUCGAUAAAAAAUGAGGUGAAUUAAAACUACUGUGAAAACGUGGAUUAAUUUUGUGUGCAGUGAGUGAUAUUAUUGCCGUUGGUCAUCGUCCUCUGAAUAUUCAAUUGACUUAACACAAGAAAAAAGAAAACAAAAAAUUAGUAAUUAUUCAACGAUGAAAAAAUAACCAUAUGUAUAAACAGUGAAUAAUGUUUUCAUAUAUUGAUUACGAUUAUUUAAUGACUUUAAUCGGUAAAUGAUACCCGGUUUCGUGACAAGAUUCUUCAAUCGAUUUGUUUUAAUAAUACUGACUAAUUAAAACAUCAGGGCAGUGACAUCUAGAGAAAUGGAAGCAAUGGAUUUAGAUGGAGAUUCUGUUGUUGACUUGAGUGUCAGUAGCGUGAGACGGGAGUCCUCAGCAUCGAGCAACCUGAGCACUGAACCAGUACCGCUUAAUUUAGGAAUAAAUUUCUCGGGUAAUAAUGCAGAAAUUUUGGAGCCAAGGAAUAUCCAAAACUCCUCUCGGGGAAUUCUUGCCCCUAAAACGGGAGAAGACAGAAGGCCAAGAAGAAUCCUGAGACCCAGGACGGAGAAAAGUUACGCUGAGAGCCCGGAUGAGCCCCGAAUUAAUGGUUACGUUAAUGGUAAUAAUUCGGACAGUGAAGAAGGUGAAAUGCCGCCACUUUUGCCAAUAAAAGAAUUGACGUCAGACGAGCUGGCUGAAAGGGAGAAAAACUUGAGGAAACUCAAGGAAGACUUGAGGUCUGAGGAAAUGAAGCUUGUUUUGUUGAAGAAAAUUAAACAGUCGCAACAGCUCAAAGAAAAUAUUGCGGCGAUACCGCCUAAAGUUGUUAAUAAAGUACCUCCACCUGUAACAGUUCAGCCAGUAGCACACAGUCACAGAGUAACAAAAGCACCACCACCUUUAUUGAGAGGCCAGCCUGCGCCGAGUCGUAGUAGCAGUUUACAUGCUCCACCUCCGGGGAUGCUUUUACCGCCGAACGCAGGAAGAAAUCCAACAUCAAGUACGGGAAUGCCACCAAAUAUGGUUAUACCACAACCACCUCAUCCGCGAACUCGACCUCCUAGUGUCACUGGAAACGUUCCUUCUUACCACGCUCCACCCGACAGGACUGAGCGAUCUACCAAGGAUCCUACGCCCGUUCCCGCGCAUCAACUUGUUGGAUCUCAAGAAAACAAAACUACGACUGCUAUUAACACUCCUGUAAUUCCUGAACAGGAACGACCGAGGGAGGAUAGUCAGAGGCCAGCUCAAAGGCAAGCGGCAGCCAAACUCGCUUUGAGAAAUCAGCUGGAGAAAACACUCCUCCAAAUACCACCACCAAAGCCUCCACCUCCAGAGAUGCACUUCGUACCCAAUCCGUCAAAUACCGAAUUUAUUUAUCUAGUGGGGUUGGAACACGUCGUCGAUUUUAUAACGAAAGAACCAGCCAUACCACCACCUCCAGAACCCUUUGAAUGCACCCAGUGUAAGACUGAUUUUACGCCUGUGUGGAAAUGGGAAAAACCCGCAACGAAUGGCAAGAAAGAAGGUCCACGUGGACAACAUGCGACAUUCCUGCGGCCUCCCGCUGGACGUGAUCCUCGAGUUAUUUGCGAGCAUUGUGUGACAACUAAUGUUAAGAAAGCACUUAAAGCUGAACAUACUAAUCGGUUAAAAACAGCAUUCGUAAAAGCUUUGCAACAAGAACACGAAAUGGAGCAAAAAUUAGCACAAGCAGCAAGUCCAAGUCCGGAUCCUCCAGCACCAAAACCAGUUCCAAAAGCCGUGACACCUACCAGAAGAGUAGCAACACCUCCCGCACCUCAGCCCUCAGUCCAAGUCCCUCCACCCGCUCCUACUCCACCUACACCAAAACUCCAAGACCACCCUCUGGUAAAGCUCGCCGAGAGUGGUAAAUUUUCUCCACAUCACGCGGCAGCGGCCGCAGCCCUCCAGCAGCAGUUGAUAAGAGUUUUGAACUAUUCUGCAGAGUUGACGAAAUCUCAAGUACCCGGGCUGCCACCUCACCAGCCGUUACCAGCUCACAUGAUGCCGCAGUUCAAUCCUCUUCUGUACCCCUAUCAGCUCGCGAUGGCUCAAGCUGCGGGCAGCAAGGGGAUGGUUGAGCUCCAGAGACAGGCUGCCGACCUCCAGCGCCAAUAUUUGCUUGACAUGAUACCUUCUCAAGCCUCCCAAGGCCAAGGUAACCAAGCACCCUCACGAGCACAUCCUCAUAAUUGGAAAACGUAACCGAGUGCAUAGCUAGAAGCUCGAGACUCAAGGGCCCGAAGACACAAGUGAAAAAUUAUAAUUAAUUUAUCAAUUGAUUGAUUAACGUCGCCUUGAAGCAGCUUCGAUUAAUAUAAAUAUAUAUAUAAAUAAAAUUAAAAAUAUAAAUAAUAAUAAUAAUAAUAUUUAAAAAUUUGUGGGAGAAACUGCUCAAGAUAAUCCAUACACCAAAGGACACGCAGUAUCUAAUUAUUUGUGUGCUUGUGGCGAUCGCUAACGAAAAUGGCCAGUGAGUGUUUAUUUUGUCACGGUAAUAAUAACUAAUGUAAAACGUUUUAUUUAACAAACGUUUUAUCCAACACUCGUUUAACUUAAUGUAAUGUUUAAUAAAACUGAUCGAGCCCUUGACGUGCUUCUGAAAGCGAUACUUUGUUAUACAUAUAAAUCCGGAUUCUCCACUUGUUGUUAGGUGGAGGUCUCAGUGAACGGAAAAAAAAAAAAAAAAACAUUUAUUUUAAAAUAAAAACAUCAAUUAAUAUUUUAACUUCAACAUGAUCUUUAGUCAUCGGUACCAUUGUCUUUUCCGAUGGCAGUACCUGUAUUCUGUGUAUAUCCUUUAAUAUUAAUUAUUAAUUAUUAUUAUUAUUAAUUUUUUGUUUGAUGUGAGUUGAGAAUCACAAAUCCUUUCGUCCGAAUCAGUGAAACUUUCCUGAAAAUAAUUGUGUAUGAAUGGAUCUAGUGUAGCGAGUGGACUGAUAUUAAAAAUAGAAAUUAAAGGUAUAGAAAAAUAAUGGUUAGAUUUUUUUUUUUUUUUUUUUUGAGUUUUUUCUGUUAGUGUGCGACCAAGCGUACGGAAAUACGCAUUGUCACAGUCAAAGACUUAAACUCGCGCACAAAUAGAGUCAAUAUGUGUGUCUAGGUAAAAAAUAAGAGAAGACCGAGAUUGAUAUUAAUGAGAGAGAAUUUUCGGUGGGUGGUGAGGUGACGUGCGUAUCCCAGGCAAAAUAAUUUUUAGGAAUAUUUAUUAAUUAAUAUUUUAGUUGAUAAUUCGUCGAAAUUAAAUUUUGUUUUAAGUAAUAAUUGUUUCCAAAAAAUUUUUUCAUAUUAGAUAAAAAUUUUUUUUUAAUCUGAUAGCUUUUUAUAAAUUAUGUUGUAUAGUUAAUUUUAUUGAAGAGUAAUUAUAAAACUAUUGACUCUGUUUAUUAUUAAUAGACUUUAAUAAUAAGAAAUUUAACUCUGUUUAAUGAAAUUAAUUAUUCAAAAGUUAAUUUGUAAAUAAUAAUAAUUUUGUCUUAGGAUAACGCAAGUAACCAAAAGAUACUUGACACGUUUUUGAUUCGAUAAGUGUGUACUGAAUUAAUAACAAUGAUGAUACGUUGACGUAUAUACAUAUAUUUUUUUUGUUUCUUUUUAAUAUUAAAAAAAAAAAACUUGUGGGGAGGUAAUAAAUAAAAGUCAGUGAAUAAACUAUAAAUAUUCAAAUUACCAAAAUAAAAAUGGUUUUUAAAUAUUGGAGAUUAAUCACAAAAUCGUCCUAUUUCAUAAAUUAAAUGUCUAAUGAAUAAAUAAAUAAAUGAAUGAAUAAAAUAGUAUGAUAUCGGUAUCUCAUAUAGAAUAAUAGUUACAUUACAUUACAAUUACAAUUAAAAAAAUCAAGUAAACCGUAGUCAUAACGAUUCUUCUAUUCUCUCUUUCUCUUUGUACGUCACAAUAGUUUAUUGCUCGAUGAAUUUUUGUGUAAAAGUGAUACACAAAUAAACAAUCGUAUAAUUAUAAAAUAAUAAUAAUUAUAAUUAUAAUAAUGAACAUCAUAAUAAUAAAUAUUAUAAUAAUAAUAAUUGUAAUAAUAAUAGAAAAAGUCUCAAUCAUUUAGAUAAUAUGCAUUACAGAUACAAAUAUUCCAUUGUCACGAUUGUAGUUAUCGUAAAUUUUUUUUGAGUUUAAAAAGAUAAAAAAAAAUUCAUUAAUUUCCAAGAUUUUGCACUGAUUUUUUUCUUAAUUUUUUGUAUGGUGCUAAACCUAGACUUCAUUUAGAUUUUAAACACAAACUUUUAGGAAACUGGACAAUUUUUGAUUAAAAAAAAUUAAACAAUAAAAAAUUGUUAUAAAAUUAACCGCGCUGUAAAACAAGGACAAGAAAAUAAUUGAUGAGUAUAAUUAUAAUGUGAAACCAAAUAAUAUAAAUUUAUUAUUUAAAAAAAGAAACGUUUUUUAAAAUGUCAGCGAUUAUAAAACGUAUUAAUUUUUUUGCCUCCCCGCCUAGGAUUAGCAGGUGAUUAAUUAAAUGUUAUUAAAUAAAAUAAAAAAAAAAAAAAAA